AUGGGAUUCUUCAAGAACUAUCGUGUUUAUAUCUUAACAACGGUGGCCUAUUUAGGGUCGCUGCUUUUCGGAUAUGACACGGGUGUCAUGAGCAGUGUCCUGGCCUUGGACAGCUUCAAAAAUGACUUUGGCCUUCCGACAGGUUCUGAUGGCUUUUCAGACUCUGCAAACGCUCAGGUCUCGUCUAACGUCGUGUCCCUGCUGACCGCUGGCUGCUUCUUCGGUGCUAUCUUCGCUGCCUUUCUCAAUGACCGUCUCGGGCGUCGCUACUCGCUGAUGAUCUUCGCGUUGGUCUUUCUCAUCGGAGCGGCACUGCAGGUUGGUGCUCAUCAUGCCAUUGGCUUGAUCUACGCCGGCCGUGUCGUUGCUGGCUUGGGCAUCGGCGGCAUGUCGAGUAUCACCCCUGUCUUUGUCGGAGAGAGCUGUCCUCCAGAGACUCGUGGUCGGAUUGCGGGACUUUUCCAGGAGUUCCUGGUCAUCGGCAGCACGUUCGCCUACUGGCUCGACUACGGCGUUGCCCUGCGCGUGCCCUCCAGCACGAAGCAGUGGCGCAUCCCCGUCGCAAUUCAGCUCAUCCCCGGCGGACUCAUGCUCAUUGGGUUGUUCUUCCUGAAGGAGUCGCCGCGCUGGCUGACAACCAAGGGCCGUCACGAGGAAGCACUGCAGUCUCUCUCGUACAUCCGCAACGAGCACCCCACCAGCGACAACGUGCAGAAGGAAAUCGCCGAGAUCAGGGCUUCCGUUGCGGAGGAGAUGGCCGCCACCGAGGGUCUGACGUACAAGGAGUUCCUGCUCAAGAGCAACCGCAACCGGUUCCUCUUUGCCUUCUUCCUCAUGCUGGGCCAGCAGUUCUCCGGCACGAACUCGAUCGGAUACUACGCGCCCCAGAUCUUCCAGACGGUCGGGCUGAGCGCGACCAACGCGUCGCUGUUUGCAACCGGAGUGUAUGGCACGGUCAAGGUCGUCGCGACGGGUAUCUUCUUGCUGGUCGGGAUUGACCGAUGGGGACGCAAGAAGAGUUUGAUCGGGGGCGCCGCCGCCAUGGCCAGUCUGAUGUUCAUCAUCGGGGCCGUCUUGGCCACGCAUCCGCCCGACACCAACGCAACGGGUGUCUCAUCCGCGUCCAUCGCCAUGGUCGUGAUGAUCUACCUGUAUGUGAUUUCGUAUUCGGCCAGUCUUGGGCCCACGCCGUGGGUGUAUCUGAGCGAGAUCUUCCCUACUCGUUUGCGCGCAUACGGCGUCGGUCUUGGAGCAACCACCCAGUGGCUGUUCAACUUUGUCGUCACCGAGUUCACCCCCCACGCGAUUCACAACAUCGGAUGGCGGACGUUCAUCAUGUUCGGCGUGUUUUGUGUGGCGGUAGGCGUGUUCAUCUUCUUCUGCGCGAAGGAGACGAAGGGCCGGACACUCGAGGAGAUGGACGUGCUGUUUGGAGCUGUGGAUGAAGGCGCACGGAAGGCUGCAGUGGAACAGACGAUGAAUAAGGGGGUAGUCACGCACAUUGAGGAGGAGGCUGCUGCUGCUCCUGCUGGGCAGAAGGCGUGA